AGACAAGAACAAAACGAAGAAGCGAACCGCGAGCCUACUUGUCUAUGGAUAAACUAUUUAGCGCGGGUGCGAGAUUAAAUUUCAGUUAACGUGCGAUUAAAGGAAGUGAAAAAGUUAGCAACAUUUGAACCGGAAAUGGUGUUUUGAUCCAUGAUUGAUUAAUUGUGAAAGUGACAAUUUAAAAGUACCUAUAUUUUAUUCCUAUCCUUUCUCUUAUUCAGUUAUCUGGUGGAUCAGUUUAAUUUUAAAUUCUAAAUUUUUAAAUUGAAUAUCCGCAUGCGAUUUACGCCAUAAAAAACAGAUUAAAUGGGUCUACAUGCGAUAUUUGUGUUCGCAGUGCUGCUGCCGAUAAGCAUAAAAGCGCAACAAACUCGAGAAGUCUCGCCAUACAUAGAUUUAGUAUUUUGUCCCGUAAAAUCAGAACCAUGGAGUUGUGCGCGACAACAAUCUGGACGUAUAUUGGACUUGUGGAGUGAUCAGUUGGACUCAGAAUGGCAAAAAUUAAAAGUUGAAGCAGAUCAACAAUUUAAUGCCACACAAGAACGAAGAGGUUACAGCCAAUCAGAGUCAUUGAGCAAAGAAAAGCCAUCGACACUUUUGAAGAAAAUCGAAUUGGGUACAAGUUAUAUGAAGGACUAUCUAGCGUAUACGUUUGAUGGAUUCCUUGGACGAGAAUACUAUAAUGAUGUGGAAUUAGAAGAAGAAAAUCCAGCUAGUGAUGAAUUUCUCGAUGUUGAAGUAACUCGCGGCAAAAAAAAGAAGAAGAAGAAGGCCCUCAUGAAAUUAGCUUUACUUGGAGGCUUUUUAAAAGCAAAAAUUGAACUUUUGCUUAAAAUUCUUGGAACUCACCUGCAAAUUAAAUUUUUGGCCAUAGCAGCUGUGGGUCUUCUUAUUAAUAUUGCUCGAUUUUGGAUUGAUCUUAAACGAGGCGGAGGUGCACCACAAAAGGUUGUCUAUGUUGAACAUGCACAUCAUCAGCAUCACUAUGAGGAUCAUGGUGAAGAUUGGGGCGAACAAGGUUCAAAUGGCGGUAGCUAUUGGAAACGUUCCAUAACUGAUCCCAUACCAGCAGCUGCAGCACCAGAACAAACAUCGGAAAACAUUGGCUAUUAUCAUUAUCAAUCAAAUGAUCCAAAUUAUAUGGCCUAUCAUUCUCAACUUCCAUCCUAUUCAUAAAGCUAAUAAUAUAAUCCUAUU